UCUAAGUAUGAAAAAACGUAUGAAAAUAGAAUCUGUACAACUUAAUCAAUAUCUGUGAGGCCAGACAAGAUGGCAGAAGACGGAGAGAUCGACAUCGAAGGAGAUUUUGAAUUUAAGUUAGAUGUGGACACUGACAUAUAUGAUGAGCUUCCCUCUAAAAGUGCCAACCUGCUACCAGAGUACACAAAUCCAGCAUGGAUGCUGGAGCAGGGUUGGACUAUGGACACAUUUGAUGAGAAAUCAAAAGCAACAAUUGAAAAAAUGUUACAAGAGGAGCACUAUUACACUAAUGGUAAGGGAAGCCCCCGUCGAGGGAAGACGCCACGACUUUUGUCUAGGAAGCCACCGAUACAGAAACAGCCCUGGACAGAGGAGGAAAAAGUCAUGUUCGAAAAAUACCUGGAAGUGUUUGGGAGAAGCUGGUCAAAAAUAGCUGAACUCAUGCCAAACAGGACGAGUCUGCAGGUCAAGAACUAUGGUCAGCAGUACUUCAACAGGAAAGCAAAAGAGGAUGCCAAGAGUGUUGAUUCAGAUUUGAGUAGUCCCCCUGCAUCUUCAACAUCUGGCAGUAAGGACAGUCCUGUUGGAGAUGUUUUAUCUCUUGUCACCACGGCUCAAACAACCGUCACCACCGUAACCAAGCCCAGGAAUUCAUCCCCAAGGAAGAAAAGCAUGCUGGAGAAAAUGCUAAUAAAUAAUGGCACCAAGUACAAAGAAAAAAACAAACUACUGGUUGGUCCCCAACUCUUCCAGAAAAUGCAAAAGACGAAAUCUGAUCCUUCGGGUAAAAAGCGAGAAGCAGAAUGGAAGGAGGAUGUUGGAGCUUCAUCCAGUAGACCUGUUGUGGGUAAACAGAGGAAGACAGAAAACCCGGAGGAAGCACAGGGCCAGGUGCUGGUAGUCAUUAAUUCUGCUCCUCCGAAGCUUGUCUCCAAAACAGAGUCAUUGAUCCCACCUCCCACAGGAAGUUUGCUGGUGACAGCGCCAUCUAGUGUGGGAAUAGGUCAGCUUAGUCCCUCGCUUGAAUCUCGUCUACAGCAGUCGACAGGAGUCAUUGAGAAUCUGGAUAGAUUCUGUGCCGUGGCGGACAUUGUCACAGAAGAUGAGGAUGAAGAUGGAGAGAUUGAUAUUGAAAAUGAGGAUGAGGAAAAUCCUAUCCUAAAAUCGAGAUCAGCCUCCCCCAAUUCAGUGUAUGAACAGUUGAUCCGCGCCGCCAAUCUCAGCAAACCUGCAGAAAGAGCCAGGAGCAAGGAGAUAGAUGUCAGGGAGAAAUCUCCAGAAGUUGAACAAAUUCAGGUCAAGGCUGUCUCGGACCACAGUGUUGAAAAAGAGAUUGAAGUGAUUCAGAAGAUGGAGAACGAGAUAUGGAAAUUCAACAGGCCAAAAUCAAUUAACAGUUUGGUGUUGUGGAGUGGAGAGAUUAUGGAUUUUCCUGUUCCUACACAGGAAGCUAAUGUUGAUCAGGGCAUCAUCACGGAAGAGGAACGCCGCAUUCAUGCAGAUUUCUUUGAUGGACGCCCUUCUAAAACUCCAGAGCGCUAUUCAAGAAUUAGAAAUUACAUUUUGGAGGCUUGGAAAAAAUGGAAACCAGGAUAUCUGAACAAAACGUGUGUGAGGCCAGGUCUGAAGAACUGUGGUGAUGUUAAUUGCAUUGGAAGAAUCCACUCUUACCUGGAAUGUAUAGGAGCCAUUAAUUUCAGUUGUGAACAAGCCUCGUACAACCAGACGUCCAAACCUGGAUUGCUUCUAUCCAAGGAGCGAGCCACACGUGAAGCCAUUGUCAAGCUGAGUUUCUCCAAGUCCGAGUCCAUGAGACCAAGGAAGAGGAGAAUCCGGAACGAAUACGGACAGUGGGUAGAUGAGAAAGAAUUACAGGGGAAAACAAUACAGCAUCAGGAUAAAAUUUUGACUAAGGAGAGUUCAGGACGAGUGGCCAAAACACCGAAGGUUCCAAGUCUGGACCCUUUCAAACUUAUCCCGUGUCAGAACUUCUCACAAGAGAGACCAGCUCCUUUCUAUGUUGAAAUACACAACACGGCCCUAGUGAUCAUGGACAUUCAUUCUCAUGUAUCCAAGACAGAGGUCAUAGGAAUGUUAGGAGGUUGUUACCAUGGUGAAGAUCAACAUCUAGAAAUCACCAUGGCGAUUCCCUGUAACAGUGUCAGUACUGGUCUUCAGUGUGAGAUGGACCCAGUGUCUCAGACGUUUGCCUGUGAGGAGAUUAACAACAACAGAAUGAAUGUUGUAGGCUGGUACCACUCCCAUCCAACCUUUAACCCCAACCCAUCAAUUAGAGAUAUCGAGACUCAGCUCAAAUUUCAGGAUUACUUUGCCCAGGAUGGUUUCUCCUUUAUUGGUGUGAUAGUCAGCCCCUAUAACAGGACCUCCCAAAGCCUCUGUUCAGAGUUCCAGUGUCUCACCAUUAGCUCCGAGCUCAGCCUUGUGGACCAGUGUAAUGUACCAUUCUCGUUUAACUAUGGGAUGAUCAUGCAGUCCUUGCAGUCUGAGUUAGUGAUACGCAGCAUUAAAACAUUGGCAGAGAAAUACAGCCUUGACAGAAACCGUGUGGAGCUUUUACAGCCAUAUCUCAGUAUCACUUCCUGUCUAAACAAGAUGCUUGAGUCCUUGAAAGACUCUUUGGAGCCUAACUCAGAUGAGUCUACUCAGUUUUUAGAGAUAGUGAGGGAGAUUUUUACGGCUUUAUUCAGUAAUGAGAGGAAUGUUCCAAGUCAAGUUGCAGAACUGCAGGAAAUGAUCGCCAACACCCAAUCUUGACACAUGCUGACUAUUGUGUUGCUGCAAUUCUGUAUUCGCCUGCAACAAUAACCUACUUAACUGUAUAUUCGCCUGCGACAAUAAUCUAUAGGGCUAAUGUAUUAAAACAUGGUGAUAACAUAUUCACCAGAAUUUAAACAAAGACUAUAGAAUCCUUCUUAUAUAAAAAUUACAUCGAGGAUAAUUUGUGAGAAACUUCUCUUCCAAAAUCAAAAGUUGCAAUUUUAUUUAUUCUUCACUAAAUUAUAUAGACAAAGUGCUUUAGAAUACAACACUCAUAAAUCUACAUUCUCAAAAAUUGCCACUGAACAGGUAUUUUACCAAUCAUAUUAUAUGAAGAAACUACCAAACUUUUCUGGUAAAUUUCAGAAUGAAUUUGUUUUAUCAGAAAUAUAGACAAACAAACCAGAGAUUUUUUUCACCCUCCAAGAUCAAAGUUCAAGGUCAUAUUGUUUUUGAUCUGUCUGUCUGCAACUUUAACCUUAGUCAUAACAUUUGAUCUUUAGAUACAAGAUAGAUACUAUAUACUUGGUUAAAUGAAAGGUCAAGGUCAUAGUUUUUAACGUCAUGCAUCAAAUUUGUCACUAUUGGAUGCAAUCCAAGAUCAACUGUCAGGUUCAAAUUUGUCAUAAAUUGAUCUUUUUCAAUAGUUUUUAGCUCAAGUGAGCUUUUCUGAUAGCCUGUUGUCCGUCUGUCUGUAAACUUUUUACAUUUUCGACUUCUCCAGAACCACUGGGCCAAUUAUAACCAAACUUAUAACCAAACUUGGCCAAAAGCAUCCUUGAGUGAAGGGCUUUCAAGUUUGUUCAAAUGAAGGGCCAUGCCCCCUUCAAAGGGGAGAUAAUCACAAAAAUGCAAAAAAAUAGGGUAGGGUCAUUUAAAAAUCUUCUUCUCAAGAACCACUGGGCCAGAAGAGCUGAAAUUUACAUGAAAGCUUCCUGACAGUGCAGAUUCAAGUUUGUUAAAAUCAUGACCCCCAGGGGUAGGAUGGGACCACAAUAGGGGAUCAAAGUCUUACAUACAAAUAUAUAGGGAAAAUCUUCUUCUUGAGAACUACUAAGCCAAAAAAGCUGAGAUUUACAAUGAAAUUAUGUCCCCCGGGUGUAGGAUGAGGCCGCAAUAGGGGAUCAAAGUUUUUCAUACAAAGAUAUAGGGAAAAUCUUUUAAAAAUCUUCAAGAACUACUGAGCCAGAAAAGCUGAGAUUAACAGGAAAGUUUCCUGACAUAGUGCAGAUUCAAGUUUGUUAAACUCAUGACCCCCGAGGCUAGGAUGGGGCCACAAUAGGGGAUCAAAGUUUUACAUAACUAAAAUCUUUAAAAAUUUCUCCUGAAGAACCAUUGGGCCAAAAAAAUUUACAUUCACAAGAAAGCUUCCUGACAUAGUGCAGAUUCAAGUUUGUAAAAAUCAUGGUCUCUGGAGGUAAGAUGGGGCCACAGGAGGGGAUCAAAUUUUACAUACAAAUAUAUAGGGAAAAUCAUUAAAAUGUUCUGAAAAAUCACUGGGCCAGAAAAGCUUACAUUUACAUGAAAGCUUCCUGACAUAGUGCAGAUUCAAAUUUGUAAAAAUCGUGGCCCUCGGGAGUAGGUUGGGGCCACAAUAGGGAUCAAAGCUUUACUUGCGAAUAGAUAGGAAAAAUCUUUAGAUAUGAGCCAAGGUGACUCAGGUGAGCGAUGUGGCCCAUGGUCCUCUUAAUUUUAGUACAGUCUGAUAAAAAAUCUAUUGACUUGUGCAUGUUUUUUUGGUUUUUUGUUGUUGUUUGUUAUAUCACCCUGAAAAUAAUUUUGUUAAGCAUGUCUAUGACUGAAUAGCUAUUGUUGUAUACAUUUAUCAUAAGGUAAAAUUUUGAAGUUUUUGAUAGACUUUAUCAGCGAUCAAUGUGAUCCAUGUUACAGAAGCAUUUCAUAACAAGAAUCCAAUUUAUUCUGUAAGCAGGUCCAACUAAUGAAGUGUUCAAAGUUUCAUGUGUUGUAGAAGCAUUUCAUAACAAGAAUCCAAUUUAUUCUGUAAGCAGGUCCAACUAAUGAAGUGUUCAAAGUUUCAUGCUGAAUAUUUAUUAUGUCAUUGUAUUAAAAACUUUGUUAUUGCA